CUGCUGACUGUUGAGGUUGACUGAGGAAUUUCUCUCUCCUCCGUCCAGCUGUCUCCUCAGCGGACUGAAGCGGCUGCAGAGACUUGAACAAGGCACAGCUAUGUUCGGUGUUGUCCUCCUUCUGUCCUUCUCCUCCCUGGUGGUGCUGGUACCUCCUCCCAGUGCCCCUCCUGUAGCCUGCAGGCACUGCUGUGAUGACAUGGAGCCAGCAGAGGGCAGUGCAGCUCAGCCUCCCACGGGAUUGUUCAGCCAUGUGCCAGAGGUCCGCACCUACAUCAAUAUGACCAUCCUCAAAGGUGAUAAAGGAGAACGUGGUGAUAGAGGGACACCAGGUAAAGCUGGACAGGAAGGUCCUCCAGGCUCCAGGGGUCCCAUGGGCCCAAACGGCAGUAAGGGCGAGGCAGGUCUCUCAGGAGACCCCUGCAAAGUCCAGAAUGCUGCCUUCUCUGUCGGCCGUCGUAAAUCUAUCCACAGCCUGGAGGCCUACCAAGUGCUGGUAUUCGACACAGUUUUCGUCAAUCUUGAUGCCAGCUUCAACAUGUUCCAUGGGAAAUUCUUCUGCCAAAUCCCGGGAAUCUACUUCUUCAAUGUCAACAUUCACACAUGGAACUUCAAGGAGACGUACCUGCACAUCAUGCAGAACGACACAGAGCGGGCCAUAGUGUACGCCCAACCCAGUGACCGCUCCAUCAUGCAGAGUCAGAGCCUAAUGCUAAUGCUUGAGCUGAACGACGAGGUGUGGGUCCGCCUGUACAAAAGGGAAAGGGAGAAUGCGAUUUACAGUGACGACGUAGAUGUCUACAUCACUUUCAAUGGAUACCUCAUCAAAGCCAAAAGUGAGUGAAAAUAUGCUAGGGAAUCAGAUUGGUUGUAUGGAAAGCACAUACAGUGAACUGACAAUGAGAAGGAUACAAUUCACAUUGAAGUUGUUCUGUUCCUCCAAAAAAAACAGAAUAUCCAGCAUCAAAAUUGCAGCAGGAAAAUAAAUAUUACCACAGUGAGAACAUGUGAAGUUACAUUAACAAAUUGAAAUGGAAAAGCAUCCGAAAUUUUAAAGUAGAUUAAUUUUCUUUUUAGCUAUUGCCUGUAGGCUAUACCACAACUAAAAAAGGGCAAUGUAUGGUUUCAUAUUAUUUCAACAUUUAGGAAAUAAACUUACUCUUUCUUUGCUAAAGUUAGAUGAGAAGAUUGAUACCUCUCUAAUGUUUGUACAGUAGCUAAAUAUGUAGCUUCAGCCAGCAGUCAGUUAGCUUAGCUUAGCAUAAAGACUGGAAAUGAGGGUAAGUGUACACAUGACAAAUAAUUGGCUAUUUAAAAAAAAAAGUUUUACUUUUGGUUCUUGUACAGACUAAACAAACAAGAUAAAACAUCUUUAGAAGCACUACAUUGUGUUAGCUUAAGAGAGGGUCUGGCUAUUCCUUUCACUCCGUUUCCAUCUAUGCUAAGCUAAGCUAACCAGUGUGUAGAUUUGGCUAUUUAAGAACUGUGCACAUGUGUUCUCUUCUCAUCUACCUCAAAGCCAGAAAAUUAAGUAAAUUUCCAAAAAUGUCAAAUCAUUAUUUUAGCUAUAGAGCUACUGAGGUUCCCUUCUGAACUCCUUAUAUGAAAAACAGGUUAAACAAUCAUAGUUUUAUAGAGAUUCAGCCCAUUUGAGAGAGGGCUAAUAAUUUGUAUUUUCUUGCUGUAAUGAGAAAAUAAUGAUUUAUUUAACAGGAUAUGGUAUGAACAAGCACACUUUAUCACUGGUAAUUUAGACUGUUACUGUUUGUGGUGCUAAAACAUGGUGCUAACUGAAAUUGGUGAAAAUUAAAAUAUGUCUGUGUUUGAGUUUGUCGAACUGCAGCUUCAUCAGGAAGCAUGAUAUUUUUCUCCCAUUAUAAUGAAUGGCCUGGAUUGACUUUCAGAUUGCAUUGAGUGAAUCAUGUUUAGUAUACUUGAAUGUUUUGUGCUAAACAUGUUGCCAGAAGGUGCUGAUUAUCUUCCCUCACCCUCCUUUUUUUAUUGUAAAUAUGCAAUGAAACAUUAAUGGAGAUUAAUGCUAACAGUGCUUUGUACAUAAACUGGUUUCCCAAAUGCAAUAUAAAGCAAUAAUAGCAAAUCAA